AAGCCAGUCCGGCGUUACCCGCGCGUUGUGGUGGUCUUGCUAUCAAUUACAUAAAAAAAAAAUGAUCUGUCAAAAUUGGAUUCGUAAUUCGAAUGUCGAAAAUAAAUUUUAAAAUUGAGUGAUUGAAUUCUAUUGUUUUUUUUUUUAAAUUUCUGGUCGGACAAAAUUGUUUUUUUUUGUGUAUGUUUUUUUUGUGAUGUUAAUGUUUGAUAAACAAUUUUAUUAGUAUAAUUUGAUUGAACACAUACAGUGUGGAGUUCGAUAUUUUUUGGAAGCAACAAAGAAUUAGCGUUCCAAAAUGUACGGGCUUCUACUCGAGAACAUGGCGGAGUACAUCCGACAGACUUACGGCGAGGAACGCUGGGAGGAUAUCCGGAGGCAGGCUGGAGUUGAACAGCCUUCAUUCUCCGUUCACCAGGUGUACCCGGAGAACAUGAUCACUAGACUCGCCAAAAAAGCGCAAGAGAUGCUCGGCAUGUCUGAACGUGAAUUCAUGGAUCAAAUGGGCGUUUACUUCGUCGGCUUCGUGUCGCAAUACGGCUACGACAGAGUUUUAUCAGUGCUGGGACGUCAUAUGCGAGACUUCCUGAACGGGCUGGAUAAUCUCCACGAGUACCUGAAGUUCAGUUACCCCAGGAUGAGAGCGCCGAGUUUCAUUUGCGAAAAUGAAACGCGACAAGGCUUGACCUUACAUUACAGGUCGAAGAGAAGAGGCUUUGUUUAUUACGCUAUGGGCCAGAUUCGGGAGGUAGCCCGGCACUUCUACCAUAAAGAAAUGCGAAUAGAGUUGGUCAGGGAAGAGUUAUUAUUCGACACGGUCCACGUGACCUUUCAACUGACAUUCGAUAACAGAGCGUUCACUUUAGCGUCUCUCGCGAUGACCAGAGAAGAGAAACAUCUGCCGAUCAGCGCUUCAGUACUCUUCGAGAUCUUUCCGUUUUGCAUAGUCUUUGGCUCCGACAUGGUGGUGAGGAGUAUCGGCAAUUCGCUAAUGGUGAUUCUACCAGAUCUGGUGGGAAAGAAGAUAACGAAUUGGUUCGAUCUGGUCAGACCUCUAAUAGCAUUCAAAUUUCAAACGAUAUUAAAUCGCACGAACAAUAUAUUCGAGCUGGUAACGGUUGAAGCAGUAAUGCACGAGAAGGCACCGGACAAGCGGAACGAGCUGCUUAGACUCUCCGACGAAUCUGACGGUACCACUGAAAAGAACCUACGACUUAAAGGUCAAAUGAUAUAUAUGGAUAACUGGCGCAUGAUGAUGUACCUCGGCACUCCUGUGAUGCCUGAUCUGUCCGCCCUCGUCUCCACAGGACUGUACAUCAACGAUUUAUCUAUGCACGACUUCAGCCGAGACUUAAUGCUGGCAGGAACGCAACAGUCCGUUGAACUGAAGCUAGCUUUAGACCAAGAACAGCAGAAGAGCAAGAAGCUAGAGGAGUCGAUGAGGAAGCUGGACGAAGAAAUGAAAAGAACCGAUGAACUGCUCUACCAGAUGAUACCAAAACAGGUCGCUGAUAGACUACGGAAUGGAGAAAAUCCGAUAGAUACUUGCGAGAUGUUCGAUAGCGUGUCCAUUCUUUUCUCCGACGUCGUCACCUUCACCGAGAUCUGCUCCCGGAUAACGCCGAUGGAGGUGGUCUCAAUGCUGAAUGCCAUGUACUCUAUUUUCGACACGCUCACAGAACGCAAUAGGGUUUACAAAGUUGAAACUAUAGGAGACGCCUACAUGGUUGUUUCUGGUGCACCAGAGAAAGAAGACAAUCAUGCCGAGAAGGUCUGUGAUAUGGCCCUUGACAUGGUCGAUGCGAUCACAGAUUUGAAGGACCCUAGUACUGGUUCUCAUUUAUCGAUAAGAGUAGGAGUGCAUUCCGGGGCGGUUGUCGCCGGUAUCGUUGGCCUGAAGAUGCCUCGCUAUUGUCUGUUCGGAGACUCUGUCAACACUGCAUCUCGGAUGGAAUCCACUUCUGAAGCCAUGAGGAUACACAUAUCGCAGACCACUCAGGAACUGCUCUCUCCGUCUUACAUGGUCACAGAGAGAGGAGAGAUACAGGUGAAGGGAAAAGGUGCAAUGAAAACCUAUUGGCUAGAAGGCCGCGAAUCCAGACCCGCUCUCAACAAAGUGAUAUCACCACAACUUCAGCCGGGAACCGAACUGGAGUGGGAGCGAGCUGCUGACGUCAGAGACAGUAUCGCAGAACAUUCAGCCCAACAGAUGAACAACAAAGACAGCGCACAGGGUUCCGCCAACAGCCAACAUUUGGCCAAACCUGUGACGUCAGGACCGAGCUCUUUAAACAUCGCAGCUUUAGUGCCGGUUCAGAGCGUGAGGAAUAAUAUGCAGGUGACUACUGUGACGUCACCGGUCGAAGAAAGAAGGAUGUAUUCUCCGGUAACUUUCCAAGAUGUUGCUAGGAGAAGCAUCGCUAAUUCUCCUAACAGAGCUGAUAGGGAGAGAGAGUCGCGAUCGAACUCGGCGAGUGUAGCGGGAGGGUGGACAGACGGCGACUCACUCGAUCCGAUCAAAAAUGGGGACAGUCCGGGCUCGCCAUUUUGUUCAACCUCACCUUGCAGAGUCGGAACCGCCCCAGCGGUCAAGGAACAGGGGAAUGAAGACUUCUCAGAAACGUUCAAAGCUCGAAUGUCACCUGCACACUCGGCUCCCGCUACAAUGGGAGAUUCCCUGUCCACUCUUAGACCAGAUACAUCUGUUGCCUCGUCGAUCGGGCCGCGACAAAGUACUGAUGAAAUAGAAACGGACACAGAAUACCAAGACGCGCACGCGGAUUCGAACCAGGCUCACACGUGCGAUAGCACGACUGUGCAUCCGAAGCCGGGCCGGGUCGGUCGAUUCAGAGCUCGGAUUGCACCAGGAUACCAUAGAAAUUGUACGGCUCACAAGCAAACCAGCAAAGACAAAUCGCACACGGCCCAGGGCGGGAACGUACAGCCACACGGGCAUCACCACACGAAGAACGUGAACCACCAUCAGUGCUGUGGAGCGUUCGGGAAUCCACACGUAAGGCACAAAUCAAAUAACUCUAGUUGUCACCUAAUUUAAUUGAUUUUAGGACGAUAUUAUAAGGGCGGCUUUCACGAAGUAAUAGUAAAUUUAAUUGAAUUUCCGCGUGCAUAUUUCAAAUUUGAAGUAUUCUAUUCCGCCUGUUUCUGCCGUGAUGCAGUAAUGCGUUUUGAUUUGAAGGGUGGGGCAGCCGUUGUAACUAUACUGAGACCUUAGAACUUAUAUCUCAAGGUGGGUGGCGCAUUUACGUUGUAGAUGUCCAUGGGCUCCAGUAACCACUUAACACCAGGUGGGCUGUGAGCUCGUCUACCCAUCUAAGCAAUAAAAAAAAAUACUAUUCAAGAUAUGAUAUCUAGUCUAGUGCUAAGUCUGAGUUCUAUAGUACAAAGGCCGCCCCACCCUUCAAAUCGGAACACAUUACUGCUUCGUUGAAGAAAUACGCAGGAGGGUGGUAUCUAGAGGAGCUCACAAGACGCCCUGCCACCAGUAAUUACGCGAAUUUAUUACACAGUAUUAUUCCUUAAUUGUGGAAGUAAUUGGUGAACACGGUUUAAACACGCUUUUCAUUACAAAAAUUGGUACCUGGCUGCCGGAUUCGAACAUAAGUACAAUCACAUCGUUCGAUACAAAGACACCGGGCGUCUUAACCUUUAGGCCACGACGGCUUAUUAUAAAUGUUCUAUGUUUUUUGGCGGAAAAUAAUUGUAUUCUCAGAAAUGACAGAUGGCACUGACUUUGAUUGUACGAUGCCCCGUCUAACAUAGCUGCAAUCAACAUAAAAUAUGCCUUUCGCAAUUUCUCAUAACAGAUUUUAAUAUUUUAAAUAGCUCACAAUUAGUACAAAUUUAAAAAUAAUUGACUAAGUGAAUAGGUGCGUGGUGAUCUGCAUAACCGUAUCCGUAACAAAUUAAACCUACUUUGAACAGCCAUAUUUUAAUCAAUGGCAGUAUUAAAAUGUGACCACUCACUCAUAAGUCAGUUAAGCUAAAAUUUCAUUAAACCGAAACUACUUUUGUGGUUUAAUUUCGCAUUUAUUAUCGGCAUUGCAUUAUAAUUAAAAUUUAAAUUAAACCGUUAAAAUAUUACAUAUUAAUUAUGACUAUGUCUCGCGAUAAUCGAAGUGCAUAUGAGGCCUAUAAAAUCAAAGGCAGCUAAAUCCAAGUCUGUUAAAUAUUCAGGUAAACUACAAAAAUCGGCCCUAAACACGUCAUUACGGAUCCUCCCGAUCCAUCGAAGUGCUGCUCUUGCUAGGGCCAGUGUUAGCAACACUCCCGGUUUGACAAACUGAAAUAACUUUGUUUGGAUAGCUACGAUAUUAUUUAUUUUAAAGCAGAUUUAUAAAGAAUGAGAAUAUUACUAAUAAUCUGAAUUUUAAAUGAUAAAACUUUGUUUAUUAGUGCAGUAAAAGUGAAAUUUUUGAACUGAAUUUGUUAGAGAUUUAGCUGCAUUUGUUAUAACAUGAAAACACUAAAGCGUGCUCAACUAACUAAACAAGAUAGCGCUAUUGUUAAUCCAUUUUACGACAUUAAGGCGUUUAGCUGCCUUUGAUUUUAUAGGCCUCAUAUGUAAUAGUUCAACUAAAAUUUAUCUAAUUUCAUUGUUAAAUCAAAAUAACAAUCAAAUCUGAAUUUUCUGAAAGCCGCGCUUACAAUUUUCCUAUACCAAUCUAGUUAUUUUGUUAUUUUUAUUUUUAGUCAUAUUAUUAUGUAAUAACGACACCGUUUUUAACGUAAUAUCUUUUAAGUAUCAUAAUUGCGUGAUAUUAUCUACUUUGAAAUUGCACUAGUCUUAUACAUGUCUUAGAAGUUGAUAUUCGAAGUACUUAAUUUAGGUAUAGGUAUAAUUCAAAUAAAAAUAAUAAUUUUAAGUUAGCUUUAAUAGAUCUCAGAUGUACCCGACAUCCCAAAAAAUAAUUCCAAAGAUUAUUCUUACGAGAACAAAUAUAGGAGUCUAUAUUACGAGCUUUACAAUAUGACAAUAGCAAUUAAUAGCAUCUUUAAUAAAAUCAUUAAAGCAUCAAAACUUUGCUUACACUGUUUGACAGUUGUAAUGAAUCAUUAUAAAAUUGGAACAUAAUCAGAAAAUCAUAUUGAAUUUGCUCUCAUAUUUAUUUAAAUUUAAUUAAAUUAAAUAUGUAGGUACUUAAUAAGUUAAUAAUUUUCAAGUAGUCCAUAAUGAAUAUUAUAUUUUUAAUUAUAUUAGAUAUUUUUGUAAUUAUAAGCCGUUACUUAGUAAUGGUAAGCAAAUGAAGUCAGACGGAUAUUUUAAUGUUGUUUAUGUGUUAGACACACUAUGCGCGUCAUUUUAAUCUGCUUUAUCAAUGUUGUAUUCGAAUCAAUGUUUCCAAACAUAGUUUUAAGGUUAGUAAUUACCGCCGUUCGUGUAGUUCAGUGUUGUGAGUCAAUUAAGAAUAUAUUUGUCUAGUCGUUUUGAGAUUACAGCAUGUACCUAAUUUCGGUUUUAAAAUAUUGUAUUAGGACCCGCGAAAAUAUGCUACGAACGUCGAGCUCUAGAAAGAGACAACCGACAACUUCGGUUUUGUAGAGCGCUGUCUCUCUCUUAUGCCUGUCGUUCAACUGUCAAUUUUCUUGGUAACUUUUUAAUAGUACGAUAGAAAACCCAAGGUAUCCGAAUCUGAACGAUUGUCUAUUUUUAGUAAGUAAACGACGUUCCUAGCUUAUCGCGUAAUAUAUUCAUGGUCUAUUAUUGUAGACUAUGACAUCACAAUUGAUUAUAAAUAGCUUCUAUAGCUUAAACGGGGAAAUUUUCGCUUAAUUUCUAAAUAUAAUAGAUUUGUCUUAUACGUUGAUUACUUCUCUAAAACUCUAUGUAUACUUUUAGACUCUGUGUGUUUACACUGGUCGCUUUAGACAAUCUGUGAAUCUCACUUUUAUGGUAUUAAAAUAAAUUUUUGAAAAGUU